CAGUGGUUGUUCCUUUUUUUUUGUUUUUUUGUUAAAUCGUGGGUAGGUGGAAGUCAUGCAUAAGGUAAGAUCGCCGUGGUUUUGGUCAUUGUAGAUUCUGAGAUUAUAAUUUUGCAGACACGUAGAGGCUCAAAUCUGAAAACCCCACACGCUUUUUACCCUUACGAGCUGCAUGCUCCUCCUCCAAGUCAAAUCAUCAAGCACCAACCACUAUCUAGCUUCUUAAUAUAAAUACAAAGCAACCCCACCCACAAAAAUACACAAUACUCAAAAGUCAGAAAAUUAAGUUGCAGAGUAAAAGCAACAUGGAACAAGAAGGAGGUGGAGAAGGAGGUGACAUCAAUAAACCACCUCAGGUUCAGCCUCAGCCUCAGCCUCAGCCUCAGCAACCACAGAAGUGUCCUCGCUGUGAUUCUCUCAACACCAAGUUCUGCUAUUACAAUAACUAUAGCUUGUCACAGCCUCGUUACUACUGCAAAACAUGCAGAAGGUACUGGACACAAGGUGGAACCUUGAGGAACGUACCCGUUGGUGGUGGUUGCCGUAAGGGUAAGCGCGCCAAAACUUCUUCAUCUUCCUCUGAGAAUUCUUCUUCCCCGUCGCAUCCACAACCACCACUACCACCACCGCCGCAAGAGGUGGUCCAAGCCCAGCCAAACUUGACAACGUUGGCGAGGGCUAACGACCUUUCUUCAACCAUGGCUUCCCUUCCCGCGACGGUUCCAUCCACCGUCGUUCCCUUUUAUCAAGGAGGUGGUGUUGGUGUUGGUGUUGGUGGUGUUGGUUACUUGUCUUCUCUGGCAGCGAUUCAUUCAAUGAACCAAUCACAUCCUUUUGAUCCGUCUCUGAAUGUUGGGGGUGAUGUUCGUUCUUCUAAUUUGGGUCUUCUUUCUGCUUUCAAUGCUGCUUCUCUUGGCUCCCAACUUCAAAUUCGUGAUCCAUCGCAAUUCUAUCAGAUGGGUAACAGAGAAAGGGAGAUAGAGUCUCUGUAUACAGCACAACAAGGUUUAAUUCCAUCUAGCAUGGCUAAUACUAGUGCUGCUUCUCAAUCUCAACAUGAUUGGCCUCGUAGCUUCAUCAAUAAUGCUAGUGAUAGACCCUCUGGUUCCUCUUUGUGGAGCACUGCUGUCAGCAGCACCACUUCCAUUAGUGGUAACUCUGAGAGGAUGCCUAGUUCUGGUUCUUCUUCUUUGGUCCAAAAUCAGUGGCCUAAUCUUCCAGGUUAUGGGUCUCCUCCGUGAUCUUAUUGAGCUGUUGCACCCUGAAAAUCCAGAGAUGGAUGGAAUAUAGUUCCGAGAAAUUAAUUUAUCUUGUUACCAGCUUCAUCUGUUUGAUGUCUUUUACGUGUCAG